AUGGACAUGGUACUGCAUGCUAUACAUGGGCACUACCCAUCAGCCAGUUCUGCGUAUCUGCCGAGCGAUGAUCAGAGCUGCCACGAAUGCGACUUCACCUACAACAAGUACCAAACAAUGCUAUCGGAGUACGGCCUGUCGCAGACCGCCUCUUGCCGAACACACGCGGGCCGAGGCGCAAAUGACAAACGGCUUUGUAAACUGAGGUCGCAGAAGAUCCAAGCGAAUCUGGAACAGAUACAAACGCAGCUUAACACAGCACAACUCUCAUUGACAAACAGUAAGCUCGCAUUGAAGACACAAGAGACAGAAUGGAGAGAACUGUUGGUGGAGUGCAAUUUGAACAGACAUCAGGUCAAACGCAUGGAAGGGCGCUUGAGCCUGUUGAGGAACAAGGUGCUCGGUGAGGAAACAAAACAACUGCAACUCGAUGCAUUGGAGCGAGAGGCGGGUGUCGAAUUGUGUGCGCGUAAAAAUCAGAUAACGCUAGAACUACGUCAGAUUGAAUCACGACUGGCAGAUACACGAGCUGAACUGACUGCACGAAAACGUCGUUUGGAACAAGUAAAAUCAAGGUACAACGUGACAAUGAACGGCAUUGCUUCCAGGGACGAAGAUGCAAUGACAGCUAGGAUGCGUUACCUCAUGGAGGCCUUACAAGAACGACAGGAUUUGAAGCACAAAGGGGACGAAUUAGAUGUGCAGGUCAGACUCGCUGAAGAGGAACUACGAGCCCUGGAGAACACUGUGGUGGUGAUGACCUCCUUAAACGAGGUCGCCCGGAGCCAAUUGUUUUCACAAGAGGACGAGGAUCCACACAAGAUAGAGAAAACGGAAUUAGAAGAGAAAAUACAGGAAGCACAGACACUAUUGUCUGCGCGGCGUGAAUAUCGUCGCAAACUCCGCGGAAAUAUCAUCGUAAGCCUAUCAUCAAUUACAAAAUCUAUCACUUGA